AUGUACCUAUUACAACAGCAUGCUUUGCUUUCCUCUCCUUAUAGAUGGGAAUGGAACGAGGUGUUCGUCACUUGGAGGGGCGGUUCACUCUCGCAAUUACGCGACAGGGUUGUCUCAUUUGAUUUGGCUCUCCAGAAGUUACGAGAGAGCUGGUCGGUACUCCAAAAGUUGAUGGACAGCCUCCGAAAGGAAGUUCCCCUAGAUGGCAUGGAGAAGGUGCGCACGGGUGUGAUCGCGACAUUUGCCUUUUUUGAUGGCCAUGUUCAGGAGUGCCGAGACCUCAUCGACACUCUGGAGAAGGAAGGGGAAGCAAAGGGCUCACUUGUCCCUGAAACCGGCAUUUUCGAGCUCCCUUCAAUAUCUUCCGCCGUUGAGGAGGAGAUGAAAACUGGAGACAACUAUAUGGCACCCUGGAACAGACCAGUCCCGAAGGAGCCGAGGCUCUGGCGCACUAUCUGCCUUUCUCUCGUUACUUGGCUCGUCGUAGUUUCUCUCCCCUUUACAGUCCUUUCAACCUUUCUUUGCGAAGCCCCAGACGGCGUUCCCAUGUACGACAGCAACUUCUACUCGACGCUGAGCCAGCAACUCUUGGGCUUCGGCGGGCUUUAUGCCAUUGUGAAGCCUCAGGUCAUGCAAUGGCUUGCUGCCAUUGGAUGGUUCAAGGAGGAAGGAGAGGAACCUCCCAAGGGCAUAGAGACUAAAUGGCCUAUCACUUUCAACUGCCUGGUCAGCCUGGCUUUUGUCACUCAAUUGGCUAGCGCGCCGGUCUACCCGUAUUAUCCUCAGUCCAGUAUCCCGCUCGGUGCUGUCGCGGCGAUCUGUGCCAACCUUGCGACAUUGCUCAUCAUUGAAGACACUGGGAGCCAGAUUGUGGGGUUAAAUGAGGAGCCGUCCCUAUUCCGCAAUUCCGCCCUCGACUUGGUGAGCAGAAACCCGAGCAAGAGCAACGAACCAAUCAUUGAUCUCAAUUCCAUAGCUUUCUCAUACGAUGCCAACAUCCGUUCCCCGCAGUCGGCUUGCCGCUGGGGUCCUGCUUCCCCGCAGGAACCUCCCGGGUGGCUGCAGCUCGCCUCCUUGUCCGAGCACAUCCUCGCCGGCAUAGGAAGGCUAGGAGCGGUUCUCAUACGCCCUUCGCGUGUCGAGUAG